AUGAAGAUAGAUAAAUUGCGAUCAGUGAGAGAGGGUCAACGAAGAUGUGUAGAAAUUCAGGUUGAACGAAUUGAACGGGGGAAAGAGAAUUCAUCGAUGAUAGAAUUUAACGCAAUUCUCGAAGCCAUUGUCAGAAAAGCAGAGACGAUCAAAUCCUUAAACGAAAAGAUUUUAGAACUAACGGAAGUAAUCGACAUCGAGGAGGAAAUAGUAAGCAGUGAAGAAUAUGGAUUAACGUUGGAGAUAAAGGUGAGAGAACUUCGAGCUUAUAGCGAAAACAGAAAAAGCAACACUGAAGAACAACAGAAUGCUUAUAGCGAACCAUCUAAUCCACAAAACAAGAACCAAGACGGAAGUGGUUCCCUGAUCGAAAAUAAUAACGUGAAUAAUGGUAACAAUUCUUUGCAAAAUGUGAGUACAUUUCAUUCAAAUACGUCGCUUUAUCAGAGACUGCCGAAAUUAUCGCUACCUGUUUUUAGUGGUGACAUUCUCGAAUGGCAAAGUUUUUGGGAUGCUUUUGAUUCCUCUGUUCAUCAAAACCCGAAUCUUACAGAAGUACAAAAAUUUAAUUAUUUGAAGACGCAACUAGAAGGCAGUGCGGCUCAAGUUAUUCAAGGAUUUGCACUUACGCAUGCAAAUUACAUUCAAGCAGUCGAUUUACUGAAGGAGAGGUUCGGACAGAGUCAUAAAAUCAUUCAUGCGUAUAUACAGGCGUUACUAAACCUGCCAGCCCCGAGCAAUACUCUACACAGUAUGAGAAACUAUUACGACAAAUUAGAAGCUUAUAUUCGCGGAUUGGAAUCGCUAGGUCAGUGUCAAAAUACGUACGGAACUCUUUUAGUACCAGUCAUUAUAGACAAACUUCCGGCAGAAAUUCGCAAGAGUUUAGCACGAGAAAAUGGCAGCGAUAAGUGGUCAUUAGAAAGUUUACGAAAAGCGUUAUAUCGUGAACUGAAUAUCAUGGAGGCCGGACAGACUACAGAUGAUUUAGCUGGUUAUAGAACUACAGCGUCGUUUUUCACGGGCGCUAGACGGAAACCGGAAGCCGGAAGUCACGUGAUACACAGACGGAUGCACAAAACGCUUAUUGAUCAGAGAAAGUAUUCAAGGCCGAAAAUAAAUACUUGCCCGACAAACCUACCUUCAACCGGAAGUGAUACCUCCACUCAAAUACAGGCAACAGUUUUACACUCAAGAUCCGAAACCCGACCAGACGUUUUAUUAAAAACAGCUGUCGCUCAAGUAUGUUCUGAGACACAGUUCGCGCAGGCAAACAUUCUUUUUGAUGAAGGGGCACAGCGAUCCUUUAUUUCUGAAAAACUAGCCAAAAGAUUAAAGGUUCAGCCACGUGGAAGCAGUGCCAUUAGUUUGGCAGCAUUUGGAGAUUCAUCGCAGAAACUACGACAUUUAGACACUACGACCAUAUAUCUACUGACCGAUGCAGGUGACAAUUUACCCCUGGAAGUGAUGAUCGUCCCCACAAUCGCCGUCCCACUACGUCACAUUCCCCAGUCCGUGACGUCGUUACCCCACCUAAGAAAAUUAAAAUUAGCACAUCCAGUCAUAAAUGAAGACAGUUUUGAAAUAUCGUUAUUGAUCGGAGCUGACCAGUACUGGAAUAUCGUAGGAAACGAAACGAUUCGAGGAGAUGGUCCUACAGCACUUAGUUCUAGUAUUGGAUACUUACUGUCUGGUCCAGUUCAAGCGCAUGGACCAAGGAAUCAGAGUUAUUUAGUUAUGAAUGUAAUGAGUACAGAUAUUGACAGAUUUUGGAAACUUGAGUCCCUAGGAAUAAACCCCGAAGAAGACGAUUAUACUGACACAUUAGAGAUAUACAAACAAAACUGUGUAAAGUUUACAGACGGUAAAUAUGAAGCCAAACUCCCAUGGAAAGAGGAUCACGCCACUCUCCCGACAAAUUACGACGUGACAAAAAGAAGAACAGAAUCUUUGAUUAAUCUCCUCCGCCGAGAUCCCAGUAUUUUACCGAAAUACGCAGAAAUAAUACAAGAACAAGAACAGUGA